CCCAUCGGUGCCACUUGCGGCACCUUGCUGAUGGCACUCAGCUCGCAAUGGCACCUUUGGUGCCUUUCAUGGCACCUUGAUGCUGCCAGCCACUUGGCAUCGUUUGCUACUUUGCUGACUCAUUUGGAUAGGGAGUCGAGUCAGCUGGCUUGGAGCUUGAUUCCCCAGACUAGGAGCUUCAUUGAGCUAGUCUGGAGCUUAUCUACAAAGCUUGCUAAGCGGCCUCUGUUUAUAGGUGCUCAAUCGCUACUAAGAAGCUUUCCAAGUUGCAUUGGGUGCUGGUUUUGGACAAUCCCCCACCGUGGGCACCACUUUCUGGGUCGCCACUUACAGCGGUGGGGUUCUUCUAGGACAUGGCAAGGACUCGGCCCCAUGGAAGGACCAAGUCAGAUCAUCGAGUUUGUCAGGCGGCACGACAUGCGCGCGCCGCCGACUACAGGGAGCGCAUCACAAUCAGCGCUGAGAAGCAGGAGGCUCUCAUCGCUGCUGUCAACGCGCAGUGCGACGCUGAACCUAUCCCUCGUCGCAGGCGGGCCCAGAAGUUCAAGGAGGCGCGAGCUGCUCCUGGGCCCUCGCCAGUCCGCCUCUACCGCUCAUCUGCAAGGGCGAGAAAGUCUGCGAAGCGGCACCUUGCAUGGUUACUUGCUGAACCUCCAGCACAAGAGCGACAUGACCUUCGCUGCCUCGACUGCGGCGUCAAGGCAGAGUAUGGAUUGCGUGGAGGCAAGGAGGGGUGGGGGGCUGAAGUUCUUCUGCAGCGUACACGGUCCCCAGAGCGGCGUCUUUCUCCUGGACAAAGAUCGAGCAAACUGGGUGGAGGAUCGAGUCCAGCGCCGUUUGAAAGCUGAGGUUGUGCGGCUUGAAGAGGAGCUGCAGCACAUGGGAGAGGCUCCAGGCUCGAUUGCAAAACCGACGGCCUGUCUACCCUGCUAUGCACCAGUUUGGGAGGAGGCCAACUUCAAAGUGGCGCUGGCCCCCACGAAGCCCAUGUGCCAUUCGCUGCUUGCAAUACUCUUAAUGAUUGGUUGCGUCGAUAGCAACCCGGGGCCCUCAUCAGACGGGGUUAGCAGCGAGGAUUCAGCCUCAGCCUCGGUCUUGCCUUCGCUGCAAACGCGCCUGAGUGCUGGGGCGCCUGUGGAGAGCGGUGGAGGAGAAUUGAGUAUGGAGGACUCGAGGAUGGAGGCUGCAGCUGAGAAAGGAAGUCCUGGGCAGGCAAUUCGCUUUCCGCCUGCACAAGCUGAAUCUGGAGCGGGGGAUGAAGAUUCAAGCGACUCCGACGCCAGCAAGGUCGACCUUGAGAACAAGCAGGACUGGGACUACGAGGAAGAAGAGCUGGAAGAGCCGACAUCCAAAGAUCUCGACUUUCUCCACGAUUCUGAGACACAGGAAGCAGUCAAUCCCGUGGUUGAGUACGCUCAAAUGAACAAGGAGAUGGGCGAAUCAGACGACGAGCUGCCCCCCCUGGUGGUCAAAAGGCGCAAGCGGCAAGACGUGGCUCACCGUCCGUCUCGCAGGCUGCGCUCACGUGUCGACGGGCAUGGCAACAAUUCCGCUGGCGGCGCCUCAAUUUGCCACUCCUCUCAGGCUACAUCUGACGGAGGCCGGGCGGCUCUAACGGAUAGCGGGCAGUCAGUUGACGAUGACGUAGCAGCUCGGAACGAUGUGGCAAUGGAGGAUCAGGAGGUGGAGGAGACUGCAGGAGCAAACGGCGACGAGCAGAACUCGAUUGCAACAGCUUCGACUGAUAUGGACUCCGUUGGCAGCCUGCUGAAGCACGCAACAACCGUGUACGGCCAGGAGUGGUUCAGAAGCAAGGAGAGUCCGUCCGGCAGGGGACCCAGAGACCUCGCCGUGGCUUGGAAGGACCUUCAUGGCCACGCCAUCCUCGUUGCCUCCGACGGCGCGCCAAACAGCGGUGUCAAGAUGUACACGAGCUUCAAGGACGUCCCUGCGCUGGUGGCUUACUGCAACCGUCUCCCCGCUCGGCACCAGCACCUGUACGAGUGUCUGCUCGGAGAGGCCCCUUCCCUGCUCUACCUGGACCUAGACUACUAUGUGCCUUUGACUGCGAGCGCAGACGCGGGCGACUACGAGGAGGCGGUGAGAGUGAGGGACGCAGACUUUGCUGAGCGAAAGAGACACUUCGAUCGGCUCAGGGACGGGUUUCUGGAGGCAGUUUUGGGGGUCUCAGAAGAGGCAGUUCGGUUCGAGGAGAGCACGGCGCAUGGGUCAGUCCCUGGGGGGUUCAAGUACAGCGUCCAUGGGGUGCUCAAGGGGUUCUACCUAGAGGACAGCCGGGCGCGGAGCCUGUUCUCAAAGGCCUUCGAUCACUUUCUGAAAAACCCGCCCCCCAGUCUCGCACGCAGCGCUGAGUUCGUCU